CUACAAUAGGCUAUCUGUGGAUAUAUUGUGUGUUGUAAAGCUGUGAAGGGUAGCUGAAUUUGCAUACUUCAUUGUUUCUGGAUCAUCUUUCAGUGACAGCAAAAUUUGGAGAGGACGUCAUAUUGCUACAGGCGUCCCAGGCCACCGUCAUUAUGAAAACCUUAAGUGGCGGGUGGUUUUCCCAGCUGCUCUGCUUGCUAACGCUCUCGGCCGCGACAGCUUUGCCGAGCGCUUUAAAGGACUCUGGUGCAAUGAGCAAAGUACCGGUGGGGCUUGGAGAGAUCGACCCGCAGUGCUGGGACUCUUCAUCGCUUGCUCUUAUCGAGAUGAAGAAGCUGCGGGUGGCCGGCACGGUUAGCGGUCUGUGGGACUUAAUGAUCUACCUGAAGCUGUCGCUGCACCAAAAGCACAACGAUCUCUUUCUCGACCUGGCUCAACUUUUCUGGGAAAUGUACGUGGACUGUGUCUUGUCGCGAUCCCACGGACUCGGCAGGAGAUACGUUGUGUCCAAGCGGUACAUUAUGAAGUACUCACAGAACUAUACAGAGAACAAGUAUUUCGUUUAGCUGCUGGCGAAUGCAUCCUGAGAGUCUGUUAAAGCGUCUGUCGGACAUUUAGGUUAUUUGCUGUCGUUGCGUUUGGGUUUCGAUAUAUUCAGAAGUAUGCAGAAUAAUACUGAGCAAAUAAUCAUGGCUGAACGAAUCAAAAUGUGUUCCUUUGCGUAAAAGUUCGAAAUAUAUUUGCGUUAAUAUAUAAUAUUUGCAAUUUCAUAUUAAAUCUGAUCUGCAUUCUUGCCUACAAUAUCAUUAUUGUAUCAUUCGUUGCAAAGUUUGAUUGCAUUAUCUCAGUAUUUUAUUUUUAGACAUGAAUAUCUCAUAUUUAUUUACUACAGCCAAGACUUUUUAAAUGCAAUCAAGGAUUCUCAGGACAUGUGAGAGUUAUUAUAAGCAAGAUUGAUAUGACUGGACGCCAGUCUAUGUAUUUUAUUGCACAUUUGUCUGUAAUUAAUUAGUACAUUUGAACAAUUUUUUUGUCCACGCCAUUACAAGGUACAGUACUAUGUAUAUUUUGUUUUUGAGAACUUUGUUUCUUGAAGGACAUUUUACUAUUUUGUUUUCAAAAAAGAAAACACUGAAAAUAUAACAAUUUUGAUUAAAAAGAGAGACAUUUUCUA